UUAAGGUUGCACAACUCACUGUAAACACUGUUUUGUGACUGGUAGUAGCCGGGAAGAAAAAGGUAGACUAAACCAAUAAAGUUAAGGAUAUAUAAGUUGCUAAACAAGCACAUGUAUUGGUUAGAUUUGACAAACUGCUUAAUUCUCACUGGAUAACCGGUGAAGCUGACAUCUUAUCAUUUGUUAUAUUAUGCAGUGUAGAUGAUCAUGUACAUGGUACGAUCGAUCGACUUGGUAGCUUUCGGUCGUCGCAGGUCCUUGUUUUUGGUCGGUUUAAUGUCUUUGUUUUAGUUCAAUUAUUUCCCUUCCUCUUCGUGACGUCACUUGGAUGCUAUAUUUUUAAUAAAUUAAAUAUGGCGCCUUACACUCAAUUUCCAGUGUAAAUUGUUGUAUGGAUUCAAAUAGCUUUCAUUGAAUGGAUGUUUUACUAGUUUUAGCUCAAUAUAGUCCGUGCUAUUUUUUUUUUUUUGCAUAGUGGAUCGUAAUCAUUCCUCUCCAUCACUACUACGUAACGUAAAGGACGGAACUAGCAAGUCAGCUAAUUCUAGAAGCUAGCCAGCUUGCUAGCUUCAAGGUUUCAGUCAGUGACUAUAUAGACCACGCUGUGUAAAAUUAUUUCAGUUAAUGAAAGACUACCGGGAGAAUUCAAUCCCUGUCAAUCCGGCUGCAAGUCUGGAUCACAUAAAACCAUGCUGGUAUUGGGACAAGAAGGACCUAGCACACACACCCUCCCAGUCGGAGGGACUGGACCCCGCCACAGAGGCGAGGUACCGGAGAGAGGGUGCACGGUUCAUCUUCGACGUGGGAACUCGCUUGGGACUACACUAUGACACACUGGCAACAGGAAUCAUCUACUUCCAUCGCUUUUAUAUGUUCCACUCCUUCAAGCAAUUCCCCAGAUAUGUGACAGGAGGUUGCUGUCUCUUCCUAGCAGGGAAAGUUGAGGAGACCCCAAAGAAAUGCAAAGACAUCAUCAAGACAGCUCGCAGCCUCCUAAACGACAUCCAGUUUGCCCAGUUUGGAGACGAUCCAAAGGAGGAGGUGAUGGUGCUGGAGAGGAUCUUGUUGCAGACCAUUAAGUUUGACCUGCAGGUGGAGCACCCCUAUCAGUUCUUGCUCCGCUAUGCCAAGCAACUUAAAGGUGACAAGAACAAAGUGCAGAAGCUGGUUCAGAUGGCCUGGACCUUUGUGAAUGACAGCCUGUGUACCAUGCUGUCGCUGCAGUGGGAGCCAGAGAUCAUCGCCGUGGCGGUCAUGUACCUGGCGGGACGCCUGUGUAAGUUCGACAUCCAGGAGUGGACGUCCAAGCAGUCGUCACGCCGAUGGUGGGAGCAGUUUGUCCAGGAUGUGCCCGUGGAGCUGCUGGAAGAUAUCUGCCAUCAGAUCCUGGAUCUGUACUCCCAGGGCAAGCAGCAGAUGCCCCAGGGCGCGGUGGCGGGGGGCGACAGGGAGAAGACGCUCCCUUCCUCCUCCUCCACCCCCACCCCCCAGCAGCUCCAGCUUCUCGCCCUAGCCCAGGCCAGUGCCAAUCCUUCCCCCGCCCCUCCACCACCACCCCCGCCUCCACCUCUUGCCAAGAAAGCCUCCCCACAGGCCAGCCCCUCACGCCAGAUCAAACGAGCCCAUCCAUCUCCUCAAGAGGAGAAGACAUCUGAGCAAGUAAGCUCCAAGAUCCCCAGACUUGAGGCCCCGAUGCCCCCCCUGCCCACCACACAGCCUCCCCCAGACCGCAAGGCCCUUGCCUCCCACCCUGCUGCCCCCCUCCCUGGGGAGACUGACACCCAUGGAGAACCUGCUGAGGCCCCCAAGGCCCUAGCACCUCCCCCUCCCCACUCUGCCUCUCACCACCAGCCCCCACCUCUCCCCCAUCGCCCGCCCCCCCCGCCCCCCUCCUCCUACAUCAUGGGCAUCCCCACCUCCAGCUCCUACAUGUCUGGGGAGGGCUACCAGAGCCUGCAGUCCCUGAUGAAGACCGAGGGGCCCUCCUAUGCCGUCCCUGUACCCCCCUCCUAUGGCCCUCCGCCGGGCUACCACGGCCAUGUCUACCCCCCCAGUGCCCCCCCACCCCCCGCCGGCUCCUACCCGCCGCCCAGUCUUCCCCACCCCCCCUCGCCUGCCUACCCUCCACCAGGCUACAACCACAGUUACCCACCUCCGCGCAUGCCUCCAGGGCUGCCGGGCAUGGGGAUGCCCUCGUCUAGCUACCCCGGUGGACAGAGCCAGGGGCCCCCUCCGUUGCCUCCUGGGAUGCCCCCCAUGGGUGGAAUGAGUCGAGGAGCUUGGAUGAUGUGAAAUGGGGGGUUGAUGCUAGGACUGGCUGUGCCAACACUACAUCACCAUCACAGUACAGUAGCAGUAUUUUGAACGUAUUGGCCAUGGACAUUGAAGGGAUAGGUUUUUCCACUUUUACCAUCUGUCAACACCCAUAUACUUUGAGUCUUAUUAUAAGCUGUCAUUGCACUGGUUCGUGGGAAUGUUGUAUUUGUUAGUCGUGUAAAAUUGUUAGCCUAUUGUUUUGAAUAGGGUAAAAGAUUUGACCAAAACAUGAACAAGGCAGCUUCACAGUAGUUAUGUAGUUGUUCCCUUUUUUACAUGAGAUGCACUAAAAUGUGUUAUAUCUAUGCUACUUCUUUUAGCAUUUUAGCCUGAACCAAUACACCAGGUCAAAUAGUACACGUGUUUGAACACUUUAAAACACACAUAAGCUCUAUUUCCUACAUGUUACUUGUAUGUAUUUUAAACUAGUUAAUAACAGAUGCAUGCAGAUAUCAAGGAAAAAUAAGUGUUUUGAAAUAACUAAUUCUUUGUUUAGUUAUUUUGGCUAUGACAUGUUUAUAGUUGUUCAUUCGUCAUAAAAUGUGAAUAGUUUGUGUCCAAAAAAACUUUUAAUUAAAAUAAUUGUCUUUUUUAAA